AUGGGUGCUGAUCAUCCAGCUUUCACACUCGCUGGCCUAUUGGCCGUCGGUGGGACGAUGGGGUACGUGAAGGGUGGCUCAAAGCCGUCCCUCAUUGCUGGGGUCGGACUCGGCGCGUCGUACGGCUUGGCCGGUGAGUACAUCCACGGUUACCUUCUGCGGGAGAACAAGGACUAUGGAUCCGAAUUGGCCCUGGGAAACAGCAUUGCUCUUGUCGGUGCCGCAACAAGCAGGUGUAUGAAGACCAACUGGAGAGCGCCUGUGCCUCUGGGUCUCUUUGCGACAGGCUCAUUGGCGACUUAUUACUUCCUGAAGAAGUACAGGGAAUUUACUCACGGUGUUUAG